ACAAAAAUAUGAACUAUAUCAGGUAUGGACAUGCGGGGGUCGGCUCAUCCAUGUAGCAUGUUCAAAGAUCGGUCAUAUUGCACGUGACCAGCCAUACAGUUUUCUCGAAGAUAGGAGCACCAUAGAAAUAUACAAUUACAAGAGAAUUGUGGAAGUGUGGUUUGACGAAUACAAACAAUAUGUGUAUCAAAUCUAUCCAACUAUGAAGGAUGCAGAUGCUGGGGAUAUAAGUAAAAGGCAAGAAAUCAGAAGAACAUUAAAAUGCAAACCUUUCUAUUGGUUUCUCCAAACAGUCUGGCCAGAAUUACUCCCAUACCAGCAUAAUUCCAAAGUCUGGGGUAAAGUACAGACUGACAUGUUGGCACGGAAAAUAUGCUUGAAUAAUAAUAAGUAUCUAUUUUCGUGGCCUGAGAAAUUGACAGUGAGACCUUGUCAAGAGGACCCAGUGACAGAGGUGUUUGCCCUUACAAAUAGUGGUCAGUUACGGACAGUUCUUCAGUGUGUUGUGGUGAUUCUAGAUGGUCUGGACUACGUACCCCAUCUACAGAGUUGUCCGGAAGUUAGAAACAUUUCUGUCACACAGUGGUCAUACGAGUUCCAGGUCCUUAAACAUGCUGCUACAGCUCUGUGUUUGGAAGUAUCAGAGACCGGUUUACAUCUCGUCAUGAAUACCUGCGACAGAUCGAACAAACGUCAGAAAUGGGAAUUCAAAGGUUUUCCAGAAAAUACUAGCUGAACAUUUUUUAAUCAGUUUAAUCAAGAGAAAUCCAGAGAUGAUGUAUAUUUCUUUGAAUUAUCAAAGAUUCUUCGAGAGAGAGAAAGGUGUAUCCAGAAGAAUACUGUAAAAGAAUACAUGUAGUCCCGUCGGAGAAAUCCAUGAUAUAUCUGUCUUUGAGAGCAGAGAGUCCCAGAUUUUAAUAACAUAAAAAGUAUACACGGAUGUGGCUUAGACGGAGUGUUCACGAUAUCUAUGCAGUUUUUUUUUUAUAAUAAGCAACGAUAUGUUUAAAUUAUUUUUAAAGAUGAGACUUGUGAAUACACAGUGGAACCAUUUGUUCACCAGUCAUUUUAUGAUAUUUAAAAUGGAGUACUAUGUAUUUCGUUUAUUUCAGUUAAAGUGAAAUACCAGUUGAUU